CGGAAGUGACGCAACUGGGGGGGAAAAAAGGGGAACAACAGACGUCUUCUUUAUGUAGUCACACACUUGUUUUGUAGUCCAAACUCUCGGCGGAGGCUCUUCUCCGUUAUUCCGGAGGCUUCUCCGUUCGCCGUGGGUUCGUCCGUCCGGUCGGCGGCUGGUUCUGUUCGGUCACGGUUCUGCUGGAGCUUCGGGAUGUCGGUUCUGAGCAGCAAGGCGCUCCAGGAGCAGCUGUCCGUCAUCCUGGGGGCGCUGACCAAGGCGGCGCUGGUGGAGAUCUGCGAGCUGGUGGAGGAGGGCUACUCGGUGCUGCAGCUGGAGAUCAGCCGCAGCCACCAGGAGAACCAGGACCUGCGCAAGAAGCUGCACCUCAUCGAGUCCAUCGUGGUCCGGGGCGGCGGCGGCGGCGACUGCGGGCAGAGCCGAGCGGCGGCCCCGGAGGGCGGAACCGGGGCGACGGGGGCCGCCGUCCGGCCGGAAACACCGCGGGAUAGAGAGCGUGGGGAAGCCGCUGCUGGAGCCGACGGAGGAGCCGCCGAGGUGGAGGUGGAGGAGGUUCCAGACGUGGUGCUGAUUAAAGAUGAAGACUCGGACGGUUUCGACAUCAUAGAGGACGGAGAAAGGAAGCAACAUGACGGAGGAGCGGCCGCCAUCGGCGAAGGAGUUCCCUCCACCCCCGUCAUCCGGAGGAGGCGGCGCCGCAGUCGGGUCUACGAAGACACCGAGACGGCGUCCUCUGAGCACCUGGCGCUGAAAACAGCCAAACCGGGCGCAGGCUCCCAGCAGAGCGGGUCCGUCUACGGUCUGGACGACCCGAGCUGCUCGGCUCAGCUCCUGGAGGACGUCCAGAUGAAAGCGGCGGACUCGGUGUGUUCCUACCCGGGUCAGAUGGACCCGGACGUCCACCUGGUCCAGGAGUGCUCCCUGGUUCCCCCGGGCCCCGGCAGGCAGGUGUUCUUCAGCAGCAGCGCUCUGAUGGAGCCGCCGUCGACCAGGGCCGACCUGGACCUGAACCUGGACCCGCCGUGGACCAAGCAGCCCAAAGCCUCCAUCAGCUUCGCCCAGUUCUGCGAGAACGAGAACAUGGACGGCGACGCCUUCGGGCUGAAGAUGGUCGGCGUCUCCGGCUCGGCGGACAGCAGGGGCUCCGCCUUCGAGUACGAGAGCGGCGGCGGCGGCGCGCUGGGCUUCGGCCUGUACGGCGAGCCGCCGGGCCAGUCGCAGCUCUCCGCCGGGGACUCGGACGACGACCCGCAGAGGAAGCGCUUCGUCUGCUCCAUCUGCAACAAGACGUACGCCACGGCGCAGAACCUGGAGGUGCACACGCGCAUCCACACAGGGGAAAGGCCCUUCGCCUGCGACCAGUGCGGCAAGAAGUUCACCCAGUCGGCGCACCUGAGGUCGCACCUGAACGUGCACACGGGCGAGCGUCCGUACAGCUGCUCGCUCUGCUACCGGAGCUUCAUCGUCAAGUACAGCCUCAAGCUGCACAUGAAGAAGUGCCACCCCAACAACUGAGCCCCGACGGCUCCCUCCACAAAUCACGGCAGCACUUUUACUGCUUCUCAGCACACGAUUAGACGGUUGAUUUGCUUUCUGCAUGUUUUUCCGCAAAAGUCAGACUGUUAAACAUGCGGAUUUCAGGCUUCGUGAAGCUCUGUAGCAGUUUUAUGAAUAAUUUAAAACCUGUCACAGAUUGAACCAUUUGAUCCAGAUGGAAAUGGACAGACUUAGAGCUGUAACACUUGAAAAACGGUGAAAAAACUACUGAUGGCUUUUAAAUUCUUGAACCUAGCCGAGGUGUAAAGGAGCAAUAAGUAAUACUGACACCUAGUGUUGCAAAUCGGAACAACAACAACAACACACGCAUAAGGCCUGCCAUAAAAAUAUCCAUUUCCUCAGCGGUCUGUUGCUGCUGUGAAAGUUUACUUCCAGGACAGGUCUAUGAUGUUUGAAUUUUAAUUUUAAAUUAGAUUUUCAUUAUAAUGAAAUUAAAUUAUGAAAGAUGUUUUAAAAAAAGACUUUAAAAAUAUAUUUAUUUAUAUCACUACUGUGUUAAAUAUAUUUAAAUAUUUAACACAGUAGUGAGUAAACUUUUUGCCACGAGGGCUACAACUGUCAAGGUAAACGUACUCAAGGGCCAAAAAAACUUUUAUUAAUGGAAAAAGCAAGAAAUCUAAAUUCACUAUAUUUUUAAAUGAAACAAAACAAAGUACUUUGACUUCUGGAAAAGACGGACGUGUGACUUGUUAUAAGACUCAGACAUAAAAGGAAUCCUGCAUGUUUUUCCCCCCUAAAAAAUGACAAAAUAAACAAAAUGCAAUAAGUAAUACUGACACCUAGUGUUGCAAAUCGGAACAACAACAACACACGCAUAAGGCCUGCCAUAAAAAUAUCCAUUUCCUCAGCGUCUGUUGCAGCUGUGAAAGUUUACUUCCAGGACAGGUCUAUGAUGUUUGAAUUUUAAUUUUAAAUUAGAUUUUCAUUAUAAUGAAAUUAAAUUAUGAAAGAUGUUUUAAAAAAAGACUUUAAAAAUAUAUUUAUUUAUAUCACUACUGUGUUAAAUAUAUUUAAAUAUUUAACACAGUAGUGAGUAAACUUUUUGCCACGAGGGCUACAACUGUCAAGGUAAACGUACUCAAGGGCCAAAAAAACUUUUAUUAAUGGAAAAAGCAAGAAAUCUAAAUUCACUAUAUUUUUAAAUGAAACAAAACAAAGUACUUUGACUUCUGGAAAAGACGGACGUGUGACUUGUUAUAAGACUCAGACAUAAAAGGAAUCCUGCAUGUUUUUCCCCCCUAAAAAAUGACAAAAUAAACAAAAUGCAAUAAGUAAUACUGACACCUAGUGUUGCAAAUCGGAACAACAACAACACACGCAUAAGGCCUGCCAUAAAAAUAUCCAUUUCCUCAGCGUCUGUUGCAGCUGUGAAAGUUUACUUCCAGGACAGGUCUAUGAUGUUUGAAUUUUAAUUUUAAAUUAGAUUUUCAUUAUAAUGAAAUUAAAUUAUGAAA